CUCUCUUAAUUAUCGUUAAUUAUUUUCUUUUUUUCCACUUUUUCUUUUCAUAUUUUAAUUAGCUAAAAAACAAAAAGAAAAGGAUGAUAGAUGCCGCUUUUCCAACGCAUAAAUAAAUUCCAAUUAUCGUUGGCCUUUUAACGACUAUCCUCCUCCUCCUCCUCCGCCUGACCGCCGCCGCGCCGGCGCGAUCCUCCUCCGCCGUCGUAUCCAACCUCGCCGGCAGUUCUGUUUCCGUACUCCGCGGACGCGGCGGGAGCGAAAUCGUCUCGACUUCGGUUUCGGUACAUAGGAAUCGAUUACUAGCCACCAGCGAUGGCUGAGUUGACUCAGCCCGAUGUGGUCUACUCGCCUCGCUCUCUCCAGCUAUGGACGACUCUCGUGAACUGGCUCGCUUUCUUCUUCCAGAUCUUCCUUCAGAUCCUCCGCGCUCUCGGACACCUCCCCCUUCUCUCCUCUUCCUCCUCUUCUUCGUCUUCCCACUCCUUCAAGCCCUUGCCCGUCGUCGAACUCCCGGAGAUCGAUUCUUCUUCGUCUUCUCCUUCUGCCCCGCCCACUUUGGAGAUCAACGCCGGCGACCAGGAAUCGAUUCGGGUCCAUCAGCCCCUCCAGGGACUCCACAGGCUAACGGUCGUCCUCGACCUGGACGAGACGCUGAUUUGUGCUUACGAGACGUCCAGCUUGCCGCCGGCGCUGAAAAGCCAGGCGAUUGAGGGUGGAUUGAAGUGGUUCGAGCUGGAGUGCAUCUCGUCGGACAAGGAAUUUGACGGGAAGCCUAAGAUCAAUUAUGUAACGGUGUUUGAGCGUCCAGGAUUGCAUGACUUCCUUAAACAGCUCAGUGAAUUUGCUGAUCUUGUGCUCUUCACUGCCGGCUUGGAAGGUUAUGCAAGGCCCCUUGUUGAUAUUAUAGAUAAAGAAAACCUAUUUAGCCUUCGCCUUUAUCGGCCUUCAACAAUUAGCACGGAGUACAGGGAACAUGUGAAGGAUCUGACGUGCAUAUCGAAUGAUGCUUGUCGGGUUGUUAUUGUGGACAACAACCCCUUCAGCUUCUUGUUGCAACCAUUGAAUGGAAUCCCAUGCGUUCCAUUUUCGGCUGGCCAACCACACGACACACAGGUAAAGCAGAAUCACAGCUCACAAGUCCCACUUCAUACCAGUUUGUGUUCAACUUCAAAGUCUUAAAAGGAGUGUUCUUUCUCCCCUUUUGUUCCUGACCAACCAUCUCUCUCGCUUGCUCGCUCACGCUCCUCUACGCUCUUGGUGCAGCUUCUAGAUGUAAUCCUUCCACUACUCAAGCAACUCUCUCAGCAGAUAGACGUUAGGCCAGUGCUGUACGAGAGAUUCCACAUGCCGGAGUGGUUCCAGAGGCAGGGGAUUCCUGCUACUAGCCCUGGAUGGAGAUAGUAUUAAUAUAUAAGAAGUAAACCUCAGCUUCAGCUUCAGCUUCAAGUCCUCUGUACCGUCCACGACAGUUGAUUUAUUCCCAAGGCAGCAAUGUGUUUCGUUCUUCUCUUGCGAGUUCGGCAACUACUAGCACUUCCAUUUGUUUGUAGAUAGCAGCAUUGAAUUUUUGUAAGCAAGACGUACGUCACAUUGAUGAAAGCAGCAGGCGAGCAAGGCGGGCACAGCACGGCAUAGCUAAAGAUCAUUCAAUUCAAGUCAAUUAUGUUGCUCUUUGUUGCCACUUUCAUGUAUGUAGAUCUUUCCUAUACAGUAAAAGAGACACAGUCUUAGUUUUGGGUUGUUAUAUAGGGCCUCUCAGUAUGUUGUAAAAAUUGGGUGAGGCUUCAGUCAAUACAGCUUUCCUCAGUAUUUCAGGCAUGU